AUGGCUGAACCCCAGCCCCUGCGUCUCAUCAGCGAGACCAAGUUCGAUCAUCGCGUGCCCGAUGGCUUACCCAAGAGCAAUCCCACCGUCGACCUGUCCGUCACCUGGGAUGCCGCCGCCCGGAACCUCCUCAUCUACCGCCCAAGGGACCAGGUCGUCUCCAAGAUCCACCAAUACGCCCGCCCAGGCACGACAGCCCCAGAGCCCCUCGCUCUCAAGUGGAAACCCGACGGUCAAUUUCUCGCCGUCGGCUGGAGCGAUGGCUACGUCAGGCUGAUGGGUCUCGAGAACAACAAGGCGGCCCAUCAUAUUCGCGUCACCGAGGACCAGUCUGCCGGCAUCACCCACAUUGGCUGGGCGUGCAACAGCGUCUCCAAGACAGACAGCGUUCCCAAGGAGGCCGAGACCGCCUCGUGGCGCCAUGCCCUCGACCAAGAGCUGCAAACGGCAGGCAACCCACCAGAACUGGAUCUGCCGCGCGAGCUGACGUUUCUCGAUGUCGAGUCGUCGCUGCCCAAGCUGAGUCCUCUGCCGAGCGCCAGUGCCGGCGAAGGCGAGGAUGCCAUGGUCUUCACCUUGCGGACUGGUAUCGAGUUCCUCUUUCGGCCCUUCAACACGGCCGAGAGCGAUGAGGUCUUUGUCAUGGUCGUCGGCACCAGUGACGGACGUCUGCACCUCAGCAUCUAUGACUCGUUCGUCAUUGGUGAUUUUCGCUAUACGCUGCCGAGCUCCAUGUACAAGCCAGGCGUUCUGCAGCUCAUCCACCAUGCCGCCCAUCCGUCAGCGUCCACCCACUGCCUGAUCCUGAAGCACCCUGCCGACGAGGACCGCGCCGUCUACCUGGUGCCCAUGGACUUACCGUUUGUCCCUUACUCUCCGAUCAACCUCGCCCUCCUCGCGUCCAAGUUGACCACUCUUCAGAAGCUGCUCCGAUACGUGAAGCAGUCGCAGCUCCACGCCACGGUAGAGUACAACAACACGCGAGAACUCCCCAGCAAGUUCCUGCGCAGUAUUCAGGAGGAUCUACAGGGCGCCGAGCGUGGGCCGACAGACAUUGUCCAGGCUCUCUUCCAUACUGUCGUGACUGGCCACACCCACGAGGUCGUCAAGGAAUGGCUCGUGGACCAGCUGGCCGAGCGCGGCCACAAACGCUGGGACAAGGCCGCCGUCUCGGGUCUCGAGGCCCUCCGGGCGCUCGUCCACGAGAACCUCCUCCCGGCCCUCGAGCGCUGCGCCGUCAUCCUCAGCCGCCUCCGCGGCCUCGCCCAGUUCCACGAUGCCCGCGACGACAUUGGCUUUUCCGCCGCGCAGGUCGCCCGCGCCAUGGACAUCGUCGCCUGUCUGCGUCUCGCCGCCCACCGCGUCCUGCUACACGUCAUGGAGGAGCUCGACCUCUUCACCGCCUUCUCCGGCUGGCUGCGCUUCCAGAUUGACCGGCUCGCGUCGUCAAGCUCGGCCACCGACGAGCUCAACGAGAAGGAGGCCGGGCUGGAUAAUGGGAAAGUGCUCGCCUACAUCCAGCGUUAUCUGCUGCGCAGCCCCAUGGCGCUCUUCUUCGACCCCGUGGCCGACGACGAGCGCGAGGCCGACUGGAAGUUUGUCCAGAACGAGCCCGCGCUGCUCGACGCUGUCGAUGCGCAGAUUGCCCGGCAGGAAGAUGGCCAGCCCUACAUGAAGGCGCUGCCGCAGCUCGCCUUUCUUGUGGCGUACCUCGAGGACCGCGCCAACGGCAUCUUCAACGACAUUGCCGAGGCCCAGAAGCGGAGCGUCAGGUUCGGACAGCCCACCAGGAUCGUCAUGGGCAGUAAAAUGUCUAGGAUCGACUGUGUCAUGGGGCCGAUUGUCCACGGGCUCCCCAUCCAGACGCCCGGGACCAAGUACGCCCCCUACACCGAGAACUCCCUCCCCGCGCCCGAGCCUCUCUCCGCCGCGCACGGAUCCGCGUCCUUCACCCUCCCCGAGAGCAGCGGCGGCGGCUCCUGGGUCCCCGUCCGCAUGGAGGUCCAGCCCCGAAGCGACGUCCGCGACGACAUGCCCCCGCGCGUCUGUCUCCUCGGCCGUGACAGGACGACGUGGCGCGUCUUCGCCCUGGAGACGGACGCCGCCGUGCCGCAACGGCAGGAGCAGGAGGACGGGCAGCAGCAGCAGCAGCAGCAGCAGCAAGUGCACACGCCCGGGCGGGACAACGCAUAG